AUGGCGUUCCAAGCCCGGCACCGCUGGAUCAUCCAGAAGCUCCACCUCUGCCUCGGCUUCCGCGAUGAGGGCGAAGUCGAGGAGCUCAUGAAGACGAACGACAUCAUGGAGAUGCUCUCGGUCUUUUUCUCGCCGGCGGGGCCGUCCAAACUCUUCUUCUACUACCAAGUCCGGCAGUACGACGCCGUCGAUGGCGACUCGCGCGUCUCGGACAACGCGUCGGACGCGUCCAGCCCCAAGGACGAGCGAGAUGCACUGAAAGCCCCGGAGCUCUUCGUCACGGACGGCGAGACCGAGCCGCUUCUCUCGCGCGCGGUCUAUUUUUUGAAGAAGCACAAGCCGCCCAAACUCUCGAUCGUGCGUCUGCCCCGCACGAGCGUCUCGGCGGCGUCAGCGCUCUCGGAUGAAAUGGCGCAGCUCACGACCAUCAACCCUGCAAUCGCGACGGACGGCAUGCUCGAGUUUGGCGUCCUCGACAAGUCGGUGCUCGUGACAAUGGAAGCCCUCUUUUCGCAGCUGUAUCUGCCACUGCUCCACGCCCGCGACGAGAGCGAGUGGGGCGAAGCCGACGUCGAGUGCAAGAACGAGUUCCUCCACGGCAUGAAGGCUUUUAUUACCGACGUCCAAGGUAGUUUGAAGACAAUGAGCGCGGGCCUUGAGCUCCGAAAGCCCGACAAGCGCUACGACCCCAACGACUCGCGCAACCUCUCGCGCUUUGCCAACGACGAGUGUGCGGUCGUGCACUUUGUGGACCUCGUUCAAGACUGGUGCCGGCAGACAGAAGCGUAUUUGGACGACAGCGACCAGACGCGGUGGGAGUCGAGCGAGUCCGGGCCGGACACGGAGCUCGAGUACUGGAAAGGCCGGCUCCAGCGGCUCACAGGCAUCACCGAGCAGCUCAAGACGAAGGAGUGCAAGAUGGUCAUUGGUGUCUUGACGAUCGUGACCAAGCAGCACGAGAGCAGUUUGGACAAGCAAAGUGUGUUUUCGCUCCUGCGCCAGUGGAAGCAGAUCGACAUCAACAUCACCGAGGCGACGAACGAGGCCAAGGACAACGUCAAGUACCUCGCGACGCUCGAAAAAUUCAUCGAGCCGCUCUACAUUGGGUCACCCAGCAGCGUCAUCGACGCGCUCCCCGCGCUCAUGAACGCAGUCAAGAUGAUCCACACGAUCGCGCGCUACUACAACACGACGGAGCGCAUGACCAAGCUCUUUAUGAAGAUCACCAACCAAAUGAUCGUGCUGUGCAAGAGCACGAUUGUCGGGACGGACCCGCCCGAGUACAUUUGGCACAAAAAGCCCGAAGUCCUCUUGGAGAACCUCGAGACGUGCCUCCGCCUCAACGAAGCGUACCAAGAGCAGUACCGGCUCACAAAGGACAAGUUGCUCACGAUGCCGAAAGGCAAGCAGUUUGACUUUAGCGAGACCCAGAUCUUUGGCAAGUUUGACCUCUUUUGCCGGCGCAUUAUCCGGCUCAUCGACAUGUUUUCGACGAUCCACCAGUUCCAGUCGCUCGCCGAACACUCGCUCGAGGGCAUGGGGUCGCUCAUCGCGACGUUCGAGACCAUCAUCACCGAGUUCAAAGGCCAGAAGCACGAUUUGCUGGACUACCACAACAACAAGUUUGACCGCGACUACGUGGACUUUAACGUGCGCAUCUCGGACCUCGAGCUCUCGUUCCAGCACUUUAUCAACCAGAGCUUCGAGUCGAUCACGAGCAUCGAGCAGUCGCUCAAUCUGCUCAAGCAGUUCCAGACGAUUCUGCAGCGUGAGAACUUGCGCAACGACCUCGACUCGAAAUUUACCGUCAUUUUCCACAAUUACGGUCUCGACCUCACGACGGUGCAAGAGAUUUACGAAAAGCACCGGCACGACCCGCCAAUCGCACGCAACUUGCCGCCGGUCGCGGGCAACAUUCUCUGGUCGCGGCACCUCCUCCGACGUAUCGAAGAGCCGAUGCGCAAGUUUGAGAGCAACCCGAGCGUGCUCGCGACCAAAGACUCGAAAAAAGUCAUCAAGACGUACAACAAGGUCGCGCGGACGCUCGUCGCGUUCGAGUACCUCUGGUACGAGGCGUGGUGCCGGUCGAUCGACACGGCCAAAGGCGGCCUCCACGCCACUCUCAUCAUCCGCCACCCCGAGACCAACAAGCUCUACGUCAACUUUGACAAGGAAAUCCUGCAGCUCAUUCGCGAAGCCAAGUGCCUCGACCGGAUGGGCAUUGACAUUCCUGAGAACGCCAAGAUGGUCAUGCUCCAAGAAGACAAGUUCAAAAACUACUUCAACGAGCUCACGUACACGCUGCGUGAGUACGACCGUGUGAUUGCCCGCAUCAUCCCGAUGACCGCGACGCUGCUCAAGCCCCAUUUGGACGACAUCCAGGCCAAGCUCCGGCCGGGCAUGGUCACGCUUACGUGGACGAGCAUGAACAUUGACGCGUACAAGCUCCAAGUCCACCUCGGUCUCCAGCGGCUCGAAGAGCUCAUCCACAGUGUCAACGACAUGAUCGAGAACCGCGUCGAGAAAAAUCUCAAAGUGGUCUCGAAAGCCGUGCUCGUGUGCCUUCCGACAGACCAAUCGUUUGCGCUCGACGACUUUGUGCGUAUGCAGGAGAAGAACGUCGCGGCGGUCACGAGUAUGCUCGCGGCCAAAAACACGGAGAUUGAGAACGCCGUCGACGACGUGCUUCGGCUCAUUACCGACUUUACCGUCGAUGCGCCGGACCCGAAAACGAAGCUCGUCUCGACGAGUGCGCUGCCGACACCCGUCGUCGUUGACGUGGACGCCCAGCACGCUUUCCGGAGCCACUACAAGACACUAUUGUACCGUGCGCUCUUGAAUUGCACCAAAAACUCGCUCAACGCGAUCAAAAAGCGCGUGUGCUCCAAGGCCGGCACGGGGUUCCUCUUUCUCGAGCGCCCGUUCUUUGAAGUUGACGUGCAAUUGAGCGUCCCGAGCGUCCGGUUGAGUCCGAGCCUCGAGGACAUUCAGCGCGCCAUCAACCGGUCUGCGGUCGUUGUCCUCAAGUGCUCGAAAUCGCUCUACACGUGGGGCCAACAAGACGUGUUCCCUGAGAGCUCGCGCGUCACGUUCUUUGACCGGCUCGGCUGCGACACGGAGAUCAUCAAAGUUGCGCUGUUGCUGACGGGGGCGCUCCAUGGCACAAAAAACCAGGUCCACGAGUACCUCAGCGCCUUCAAAAAGUACGACUGGCUCUGGAAAGAGGACAUGGAGUUUCGGUACAACCAAUUUAUCAAGCGCAACCCGUCGAUUCAGGACUUUGAGAAUGAGCUCAAGAAUUUUAUGGUUGUCGAGGCCGAGAUCAACGCGAUCGCGCCGGUCCACAACAUUGCAGCGCUCUCGCUCAACACGAAAAACCUCAAGCUCCAACUCCGAAACGAGUGCCGGCAGUGGAAGGUGCAGUACUCGGACCGCGUGCACCAGCAAGCGCGGUCCGCGCUCACGAAUCUCUCCGACUACAUUCGGCUGACAACGACCAAGCUCAACCGCGAUGUCGAGUCGCUGGACUCGCUUCGGUACGUCAUGCUCGUGUUGAAAGAGGUGCGCGAGCGCGAGUCGUCGAUCGAGAUGGAGAUCAACCCGAUCUUGGACAUGUACGACAUGCUCGAGCACUUUUUGCCCGGCGGCUACAUGGACAAGGAAGAGAUGGACCAGAAGAGCGUCGUGCGCUCCACGUGGCGCAAGCUCGUCGACUACGCCGAGGAAGUGACCGACAACCUCAGCGAAGUACAAGGCAAAUUCAAGAAGCAGCUCACAAAGGACGUCAAAGAAUUUCAAGCCGACGCGAUCUCGUUCCGGGCCGAGUACAGCACGAACGGCCCGAUGGUGAGCGGUCUCAAGCCGUCCGAGGCGGUCGAGCGCCUCGGGCGCUUCAAGGAGCUCCUCGCGUUGCGCGACCGGAAGCUCGAGGUGUACGCGGCAGGCGAAGAGCUCUUUGGCAUGCGGCCGACCGAGUACCCCGAGUUGACUAAGACGCGGAAGGAGCUCGCGCUCCUCGACCAGCUCUACGGACUGUACAUGGACGUGGUCCAGACCAUGGAAGGCUACCGCAAUGUGCUCUGGAGCGCUGUGCCGUCGACGCUGGACGACAUGAGCAGUAGCAUUGCGAUCUUUGACGAGCGCUGCAAGCGCAUGCCGCGCAAGCUCUGCGAGUGGGAGGCGUACCGGCUGCUGCGCAAGGAGAUCAGCGACUUUGUAGACGUCUUGCCGCUCAUUCGGGAGCUCAGCAAGGACUGCAUCAAGCCGCGCCAUUGGGUCGAGAUUGUCAAGAUGACGAGCACGCCGCUGCAGUACGACAGCGAUGCAUUCCGCUUAAAGGACCUCCUCGACGCCAAGCUUCUCUCGACAAAAGACGAGAUCGAGUACAUUUGCGACUCGGCGCAAAAGCAGCUGCAGAUCGAAAUGAAACUCAAGGACCUCAAAGAAGCGUGGGCGGCCGCGUCGUUUGAGUUUGGCGAGUGGAAGACCCGCGGCAUUCCCGUGCUCAAAGGCUUUGUCGGCGUCAUUGAAGACCUCGAAGAAGCCCAAUUGCAGCUCCAGGGGAUGCUCAGCUUGCGCCACGUCGUGCCGUUCAAGGACCUCGUGCAGUCAAAACUCACGCAGCUGAGCGAGACCGCCGACGUACUCGAGCUCUGGGUGAAGGUGCAGACGCUCUGGAUGUCGCUCGAGUCGGUCUUUACAGGCGGCGACAUUGCCAAGCAGAUGCCAAUCGAAGCCAAGAAGUUUGCAAAAAUCGACAAGGACUGGAUCAAGAUCAUGACCAAAGCCUACGAAACGAGCAACGUCGUCGCGUCCUGCGCCAACGAAGCGCUCAAGAGCACGCUUCCGAUCUUGUACGGCGAGCUGGAAAAGUGCCAAAAGUCGCUCGAAGGGUACCUGGAGCAGAAGCGCAUGAAGUUUCCGCGCUUCUACUUUGUCUCGAACCCGUUCUUGCUCCAAGUGCUCUCGCGUGGGUCCGACCCGGCGCUGGUUCAGCAGUAUUACGAAAAGAUCUUUGACGCUGUCAACCGCGUCCAGCACGACAAGACCGAAAGUCGCAAGAUUGUCGCGCUCAAGUCCAUCAUUGGCAACGACGAAGAGACGAUUCCGCUUCUCAAACCCGUUUUGACCGACGGCAACAUUGAAGACUGGCUCGGCGCGCUCGAGAGAGAGAUGUUUACGACCAUGAAAGCACUCUGCCGCGACGCAGCGGCUGACUGCAUGAACUUGCCGCUGCGGGAGUUUGUCAACAAGAGCUGCGGCCAGUUCGCCCUCCUCGGCAUCCAAAUGCUCUGGACCGCGCAGAGCCAAGACGCGCUGACGCGGUGCAAGACGAUCAAAGGCAUCAUGGGCGAGACGAGCAAGAAGCAAGCAAUGCUUCUCUCUGAAUUGAGCUCGUGGUGCCUCACGGACCUCGGCACGAAACUCAACCGGAUCAAAAUUGAGACGCUCAUUACGAUCCAGGUCCACCAACGCGACUGUUUUACCGAGCUCGGUCGGCUCUUCAAGGACCGGAAGAUCCAGGACGCCACGGACUUUGAGUGGCUCAAGCAAGCGCGGUUCUACUGGCGCGUGGCGCCGGCCGCCGACCGCUUUGGCCCGGACGCGUGCCUCAUCUCGAUCUGCGACGUCGACUUCAAGUACGCGUACGAGUACCUUGGCUGCAAGGAACGCCUCGUGAUUACGCCGCUUACAGAUCGGUGCUACAUCACACUCUCGCAGGCGCUCGGAAUGUACCUCGGGGGGUCACCCACCGGCCCCGCGGGCACGGGCAAGACCGAGACCGUCAAAGACCUCGGCCGCACCUUGGGCAUCUACGUCGUCGUCACCAACUGCACGGACCAGCAGCGGUUCUUGGACAUGGCCAAGAUCUUCAAGGGGCUGUGCCAAGCCGGCUUUUGGGGCUGCUUUGAUGAGUUCAACCGGAUCGAGCUGCCCGUGCUCUCGGUCGUGGCGCAGCAGGUGCUCGCGAUCACGAACGCCAAGCGGACUCAGGCCACGAGCUUUAUCUUCCCCGGCGACACCCAAGGCAUUCCGCUCAACGUCGACGUCGGGUACUUUAUCACGAUGAACCCGGGCUACCAAGGCCGGCAAGAACUGCCCGAGAACCUCAAAGCGCUCUUCCGCGGCGUCGCCAUGAUGGUGCCGGACCGCGAAAUCAUCAUCAAGGUCAAGCUCUGCUCUGUGGGUUACGACAACUUUGGCGACCUCGCACGCAAGUUCAAAACUCUCUACGGCCUCUGCGAAGAGCAGCUCUCCAAGCAAAAGCACUACGACUUUGGCUUGCGCAACAUUCUCUCGGUGUUGCGCACGGCCGGGCAGACCAAGCGCGCCAACUUGGACGCGAACGAAGAAAUGCUGCUGCUGCGGACGCUGCGGGACAUGAACGUGUCCAAGCUCGUGGCGCAGGACACGCCGCUCUUCCUUUCGCUGCUCAAAGACAUCUUUCCGGCGGUCGAGACGCCGGCAAACGGCAGUGCGCAAGGCCCCGUCGCGCAGCUCGUCGUCCAAGCGCUUGAAAAAGCCAACAAGGUGCCGCACCCGCCAUGGACGCUCAAGGUUGCGCAGCUCUACGACACGACGCUUGUGCGGCACGGUAUCAUGGUGGUCGGGCCCGCGGGCACUGGAAAAAGCGAAAUGUUCAAAGUGCUCCAGUCGGCGCUCGCCAUUCACACCAAAACACUCCACCGCCAAGUGCGCAUGAACCCCAAGGCCAUUCGCGCCGAAGAGAUGUUUGGCGAGACGGACAAGCUCAGUGGCGAGUGGCUCGACGGCGUCUUUGCCUCCAUGUGGUCGAAGUACAACGACCGGUCGCGCCGGGACGUGUCCUGGAUCGUCUGCGACGGACCAGUGGACGCGAUUUGGAUUGAGAAUUUGAACACGGUGCUCGACGACAACAAGCUCUUGACGCUCGCGAACGGCGACCGCAUCCCGAUGACCGACAAUUGCAAGCUCAUGUUUGAGGUCGAAGACCUCCGCAAUGCGUCGCCCGCUACGGUGAGCCGCGCCGGCAUCAUCUACGUGAGCGAGACCGACCUUGGGUGGUCGCCGCUCGUCGAAGGCUGGCUGUCGACACGGCCGGACGACCAACGGCCCAUACUGCGCAGUCUCUUUCUCAAGUAUAUGGGCGAGUCGUGCGGGCCGUCGCCAGGCCACCUCUUCAAGUUUUUAAGCAAAAGCUGCAAGCCCGUGCUGCACGUGUCGCGUGGCGCCAUGGUCGAGUCGUGCCUUCAUCUGCUAGCGAGCGUGAUCGCGUCGGCCGAGCUCAGCGAGUCGGCCGAGGUUGAAAUUGAACUCGAGCGGCUCUUUCUCUUCUCGCUCGCGUGGGCGGUGGGCGGUUUGUACGAGCAAGACGAUCGUCUCCGACUCAGCGACUACCUCGCCGAGCUCACAAAGCAUUUCUUCCCAAAACAAGCCAAGACGUCGGUAUUCGACUUUGUCGUCAACCCAACGUCGCUUGAGUGGGAGCGCUGGAGCCUCGAGCCGUGGGACGCGCCUUCGUCACUGGUGGAUCUCGACAUUUCCAGCCUCGUCAUCCCGACGGUCGAGACGACGCGCUGCUUGUACUUGCUACAACAAGUCAACACCAGUCGCCCCGUGCUGCUAGUCGGCGGCAGCGGCACGGGCAAGACGUCGGCCGCGCAAAUGUACUUUGACAAGCUCGACGCCGACACGUCGAUCGUGAAAAAGAUCAUUUUUUCGAGCGUGAGCUCGCCCGGCGGGUUCCAACAAACGCUGGAGGCGGACUUGGACAAGCGCGGUGGCAAGAACUUUGGGCCGAGCCACGGCCGCAAGAUGACGCUGUUUCUUGACGACAUAUCGAUGCCUGCGUGCAAUGCGUGGGGCGACCAGCCAACGCUCGAGGUCGUGCGCCAACUCAUGGAGACGUCCGGGCUCUGCUUCCUCGAUAAGGACAAGCGCGGCGACCUCAAGGUCAUUGAAGAUUUGUACUACGUGGCGGCCAUGCCGCACGCCAAAGACGGCAAGAAUGACAUUCCGAACCGACUCAAGCGCCACUUCUUCGCCUUCAACCUCCUCGUGCCGUCGCUCGACGUCAUUGACGCGAUCUUUGGCCAAAUCGUCAAGUGGCGUGUGUCCUUCUUGGACGCGAAGAAGGACAAACCCAUCGUCGACGUCGCUAGCAAGCUCACAAACACGACGAUCCACGUCUGGAGCUUCAUGCGCAAGACGCUGCUGCCGACACCGCAAAAGUUUCACUACAUCUUUACGAUGCGGGAUCUCGCGCGCAUCUUUCAAGGUCUCUUGCGCGGCUUUGAGAUGGUCUCGACCGACCGGUAUCUCGUCAAGCUGUGGCGCCACGAGUGCGACCGGCUCUUCUGCGACCGCCUCACGACGCUCGAGGACAAGGCCAAGUUUCGCGACGAGCUCAAUGCAACGUCCGACAAUCUCUUGCUCAAGCCGGUGGUCGCGACAGGCAAAGAAAAGCUCAAUAAGGACGCGACGCAGACUGAGCUGCCAAACGCGCCCGCGUUAUUUGUCGACUUUAUGCGCGACGACAAGCGCGACGAGGACGGGCUUUUGCUGGAGGAGGCCCCGAAACUAUACGAAAACGUGCUAUCGAUUCUCACGGUGCGCACGCGCAUGGAAGCGCUUCUCGAGGCCUUCAACCGCGACAACCCGAGCAAGAAAAUGGCGCUCAUCUUGUUUGACGACGCCCUCUUCCACGUCCUCCGCGUCGUACGCGCGCUCGGGCUCCCGAAAAGCCACAUGAUGCUCGUGGGGGUUGGUGGCUCGGGCAAGCAGUCGCUCACGAAGCUCGCGUCGGUCCUCGCGCGCCUCCAGCUCUUCCAGAUCACGCUCACAAAGGCGUACAACACGGUGUCGUUUCUCGAAGAUUGGCGCCAGCUCUUCAAGUGGACAGGGCAGCAAAACAAGGGGGUCGUCUUCCUCUGCACGGACAAUGAGCUCAAGGACGACGCGUUCCUUGAGAUUCUCAACGGCGUCUUGGCGACAGGCGAGAUCCCCAAUUUGUUUCCAAAAGACGAAAUGAACUUCCUGGUCUCGGACCUCCGGCCGGCGAUGCUCAAAGCGCAUCCGUCGACGCCCGACACGUACGAGCACCUCGUCAAGUUCUUCUACGAGCGCGUCAAACUCAAUUUACACAUCGUGCUCUCCAUGUCGCCUGUCGACCGGCGGUUUGCAGACCGCUGCCGCAAGUUUCCCGCGCUCGUGUCCGGCUGCACGCUCGACUGGUUCCUCGCGUGGCCCGCCGAGGCGCUCGUGGCCGUCAGCAAAGGCUUUCUCGACGACUUUAGCAUCGAGUGUGCGCCGGCCGUCAAGGACCAGCUCAUUACCCACAUGGGCUGGCUCCAUGACGCGGUGAUUGAAGUCUGCGCCGAGUAUUUCGAGAAGCGCCGGCGCCACGUGUACCAAACCCCAAAGUCGUACUUGGCGUUCCUCGAGUUCUACAAGCAGCUGUAUGCCAACAAGAUCCGCGACAUCCACCGCAGCGAGAGCAGCGUCAACCUCGGGCUGCAAAAGCUCGUGCAAGGCGCGGCCGACGUCGAGAAGAUGAAGGGCGUCCUCAAGACAGAGGAAGCCAAGCUCAUCAUGGCCGAGCAAGCGGCGAACGCGAUGCUCGAGAACCUUCAAGUCAAGUCGAUGGAGGCCAAGAAGGAAAACGACAUUGUCGGGAAAAUCAAGGAGCGCUGCGAGCGCGAUGCGGCGGUGAUCCAGCGCGAAAAGGAAGACGCGGAAGAGGACUUGGCCAAAGCCCAGCCGUUCCUGGACGAGGCCGAGCGGGCCGUCUCGAGCAUCAAGCCCAACGACCUCAACGAACUCAAGAAGCUCGCCAAGCCGGGGGAUAUCAUCAAGCUCAUUUUCGACGGCGUCGCGCUCUUGCAAAUGUACCCGCUCGCCAAAGUCGAGAAAGCCCAAGUGACGCUCAACAAGAAGAGCGUCGACUUUAUCCUCGACUCGUACGCGAGCGUCAAGCAGGGCAUGCUCAGUGACACGCGCUUUUUGCAAAAUGUGUUUCACUUUUCAAAGUUUGAAAAGGACAACAUCAACGACGAGACGAUCGAGCUCCUGCAGCCGUAUCUGGACCUCGAGGGCUUUAGCCCUGUCGCUGCGAAAAACGCGUCCAAAGCCGCCGAAGGGCUCUGUACGUGGGUGAUUGCGAUGACCAAGUACCACCACGCGUCCAAGGUGGUGAAACCCAAGCUCGAGACGCUCCGGGUCGCCGAAGGCCGCCUCGAAGCCGCCCAGGCCGACCUCCGCCACGCCCAAGAAAAGCUGAUUGCGUGCCAGAGUGUUCUCCAGUCACUCCAAGACGACUUUGAGCUGCAAAUGGCCGAGAAGGCCAAGGUUGAAGAGAACGCGCUCGCGACGCGCAAGAAAAUGGAGCAAGCGACCGCGCUCAUCCAGGGGCUCGCGGGCGAGAAGAAGCGCUGGACUGACGAAAGCAACCGAUUUGCGGACCGCAAGUCGCGCCUCGUGGGCGACUGCGCCGUGGCUUGUGCGUUCGUCAACUACUGCGGUCCGUUCAACAAGGAGUACCGCGACGUCUUGUGCAAGGUCAAGUUUCUCAAAGACCUCAAGGACCGCCAAGUGCCUGUGACCGCCGACCUGCAGCUGACCAACUUCCUCGUCGACCUGAGCACGGUCGCAGACUGGAACGUCGAGGGCCUUCCGGCUGACCCGCUCUCGACCCAGAACGGCAUUCUGGUCACCAUGAGCAGCAAGUACCCGCUUCUCAUUGACCCGCAAGGACAGGGUUUAAGCUGGAUUCUCAUGCGUGAGGCGGGCCGACUGCCCCCCGCCGGGCUUCUCUCGAUCAACCAUCCCAAGCUGCGCGACCACCUCGAAUUUUGCGUCACGGAAGGCAAGGUGCUCGUGCUGGAAGGCGUCGAGCAGGACAUGGACCCGGCCAUGAACUCGGUCUUGGAGAAGAACAUCAUUGUGAAAGCAAAAUCCAAGUACAUCCUCGUCGGCGACAAGCUCUGCGAGUACAACGACGCGUUCCUGUUGUACAUGACGACGCGCCUCCCAAACCCGCACUUCUCGCCCGAAGUCCAAGCCAAAACGAUGCUGGUGGACUUUACCGUCACGCAAGACGGCCUCGAAGACCAACUGCUCGCUAAAGUCAUUCAAACCGAGCAAAAGUCGCUCGAAGAGCAGCUCACGCGCGUGCAGUUUGAUGUCAACAGCAACACCAAGGCCCUCCUGAGUCUCGACGCGCUCUUGCUCGAGCGGCUCGCGUCCAACAGCGGCAACCUCCUUGACGACCUCGAGCUCAUUAGCGUCCUUGCGUCGACAAAAGCCAAAGCCACCGAAGUCAACGACAAGCUCCUCGCGGCCGCCGACAUGAAGCUCGGCAUUGACGAGAAGCGCGAACAGUACCGACCGGUCGCGACGCGGGGCAGCGUCUUGUACUUUAGCCUCGUGGACCUCUCGCUCGUCAACUGCAUGUACCAGACGUCGCUCGACCAAUUCCUCUUGCUCUUCAAAAAGUCGAUGGAGGUGGCCGAGCGCGCGACGCUCACCUCGAAGCGCGUCGCCCACAUCGUCGACGCCAUGACGUACCUUGUCUACCGCUUUAUGAACCGCGGCAUCUACGAAAAGGACAAGCUCGCGUUUCUGCUCAUGGUCACCUUCAAGAUCUUCGUCGCUGCCGACGUGUUGGACCCGGCGGAUGUCUCUCUCUUUGUCAAGGCGGGCGCCACACGGACGAGCGAGAAGGGCAAGCCGUUCCAGUGGAUGUCGACCCCCGCUUGGCUCAACGUGCUCCAGCUCAGCCAAGAAAAGCCCGUGUUCCGCAACUUGGUCGCCGACAUUGAGCGCUCGGAAGCGGCGUGGCGCCGGUGGUACGAAGAGAACGCGCCCGAGGUGGCCGCUGUCCCCGAGUACGAAACAGUGCUCUUCCACCCGCACAGCGCCGACGCCACGACGCAUUUUUACCGUCUCUUGCUCCUCCGCUGUUUGCGCGAAGACCGCACGAUCUUGGCGACGCUCGAGUUCAUCAAGCUCGUCGAGUACAUUGAUAUCAAGACGAAAGAGUCGGGCGCGAUCGCCAAGCUACCGUGCAUGGGACCCAAGUACGUCGAGGCCGUCACGGACACGGUCGAGAGCAUUUGGGCCGACAUGGCCGCCGACAUCCCAGCCAUUUACCUCUUGAGUCUGGGCGCCGACCCGACGGAUGCGAUCGAGACGCUCGCGCGCAAAAAGCGGCAGGCGAUCCAGUGCAUCUCCAUGGGGGAGGGCCAAGAGACCAUUGCGUCCAAAGCAAUGGCCAAUGGCAUGCUCAACGGGUCGUGGGUGCUUCUUCAAAACUGCCACUUGGGUCUUGCGUUUAUGGAGACGCUUCCGGACACGCUGCUCAAGAACAAGGAGACUAUGAGCUGCGACUUUCGACUCUUCUUGACGUCUGAGCCUCACCCGCUCUUUUCGAUUGCGCUGUUGCAAAAGGCCAUCAAGGUGACCAACGAACCGCCGUCGGGCCUUCGCGCCGGCAUGCUGCGGUCGUACACGGUCGUGAUCGACCAAGACAAGCUCGAGCGCAUCGAGACGGCGCAGUGGCGCGCGCUUCUCUUCACGCUCUGCUUUCUCCACUCGAUUGUUCAGGAGCGGCGCAAGUUUGGGCCGCUCGGCUUUGCCAUCCCAUACGAGUUCAACGCGAGCGACUUGACCGCGUCGAUGACGUUUCUCGAGAAGCACUUGUACUCGAGCGCGACCUUGUCGUGGCCGACGAUCCAGUACAUGAUUGCAGAAGUGCAUUACGGCGGGCGCAUCACCGACGACAUGGACCGCCGCCUCUUCAAGAGCUACUGCGACGAGUGGCUGCAUAGCUCGACGCUCGCGCCGAGUUUCUCGUUCAACCCCGAGACGCUCGUGGGCCACAUUCCCAACGACUUUGUGUACGCCGUGCCCGAGAGCACCGAGCUCGACGAGUACCAUCGCGUGCUCAAUAGCUUUCCCAAGGUGGACUCGCCGGAGAUUUUCGGCUUGCACCCGAACGCCGACUUGACCUUUCGCGUGAAAGAGGUGACGAAUCUCCUCGCGACGCUCAGCGAGACACAGCCCAAGACGCAGAGCAGCAAGAACGGCCGGACGCGCGAAGACGUCGUCUUGGACAAGUGCGACGAGCUCAAGGACAAGCUGCCCAAAGAUUUCGUCGACGAAACGUGCCUCGAGUUGUUGACCAACAAGCACGGCGGCUUUGGUGUGCCCAUGAACGUCUUUGUGUGGCAAGAGAUCCAGCGGCUCCAGACGCUUCUGAGCAUCGUGCGCAAGGUGCUAUGCGAGACGCAAGGCGCGAUCAAGGGCGAGGUCGUCGUGACGCCCGACAUUGCGACCACAAUCCACGCCAUCUUUGAUGCCAAAGUGCCGCCAUUGUGGCUCUACCGCGGCAUGGAAGAGCUCAGCUGGGUCGCACCGUCACUCGGUCUCUGGUUUGCGGGCUUGCUCGAGCGCCACAAGCAACUCGAGCACUGGGUCGAGAAGACAAAGCCCAACACGUUUUGGCUCACGGGUUUUUUCAAUCCCCAAGGGUUCCUCACGGCCAUGCGCCAAGAAGUGACGCGCCAUCAUGUCAACGACAAGUGGGCGCUCGAUGACGUCGUCUACCACACCGAAGUCACGGAAUACGAAAAGCUCGAGCAGAUCCGACAAGCGCCGAAAGAAGGAGUCCUCAUCCACGGGCUCGCGCUCGAGGGCGCGGGGUGGCACAAGGGCAAUGCGACGCUCGUCGAGUCGGAGCCCAAGCGCCUCUUUGCGGCACUGCCCGUGCUUUUUGUGACGGCGACGACCAAAGCUCAGAAGAAGAGUCGCUCUGGCGACUAUGGCCCGUACGGUGGUUUCGAGUGCCCCGUGUACAAGUACCCGUCGCGGAACGACCGCAACCUCAUCUUUAGUGUCACGCUGCCGUCGCGCGAACACCGACCGCUGCACUGGAUCCUUCGCGGCGUCGCGCUCCUGUGUACGACCGAAUAA